AUGGGAGAACCGCUGAAAGUGCAGCCGUUGGCUUCGGCUACCGCCACUGUGAUUGAAUCAGACAAGAACCAGCAUGAUAUCAACGAGAAUGCCUGGAUACGAUUGAUGACAGUGCUGCAUUGGUAUCCUAAGGAUAUGCCCGCAGUCGAGAAGAGACUUGUUCUGAAGUUGGACCUGAUGAUUCUCAUUUACGGCUGCCUUUGCUUCUUUACCAAAUAUCUAGACCAGGCCUCGCUAACAAAUGCCUAUGUCACCGGAAUGAAGGAGGAGCUGAACAUGCUAGGGAACGAGCUCAACUAUGCCACUAUUGCGUUUUGGAGCUCGUACUGCGUAUCAAUGAUUCCUGCCUGCUACUACUUAACACGAUAUCCUGUCAACAUCGUCCUGCCCCUGUGCGAGAUCGGUUGGGGAAUCACAACAUUCGGUCUCGCUUGGGCUAGGAAUAUUGAGACGGUGUACGCGAUGCGCUUUUUUGUUGGUCUAUUUGAAGCAUGCUCCUUUACUGGUGUCAUAUACGUGAUCGGCUCGUGGAUGCGCAAGACAGAGAUUGCGAGGCGUGUGGCCUUUUUCUACGCUGCCGCGCCUCUAGGAACCAUGUUUGCCGGAUAUCUACAAACAGCGGCAUAUCGUGGCCUUAGGGGUGUUGGCGGUCUGUCGGGCUGGAGGUGGCUCUUCAUCGUCGAUGCUAUCAUCACAAUCCCGAUUUCGUUCCUGGGAUUCUUUGUCUUCCCCGACGUGCCACACCGCAAGAAGCCUAGGUGCCUAAACGAGGAGGAACACAAACUUGCCUGCGAUCGUAUCGCCGGACAGACGGCUCCAUCCCAGCUCAAGGUGUCCAGGGAUAUUUUUGCCCGCGUGUUCCGUCGAUGGCACUGGUAUCUAUUUGUGGCCCUAUGGUCCAUUGGAAACCAGAACAACCAGGUUUCAGGCACGCCAUUUAGUUUGUACCUCAAGGGGAAUUCAGACAUCUACUCCAUUACGCAAAUCAACACGCUGCCGACGGUGGCGACUGCCAUCUCCAUCAUUACGGCAUUUGUCACCUGCACAAUCGCGGAUCGCAUUGAACGGUUUUGGCCAAUGCUCUUAACCGUAACCAUUCCCGUGAUUGUUUCACAUGCACUGCUGGUGGCGUGGGAUGUGGGCGAAUCUGGAAGGCUUGCAGCCUUCAUGAUAUCCGGUGUAGAGGGUGGUUUGUUCCCUCUUAGCAUGUCAUGGGCGACCGUGACGAUGGCCAAUGAUGCCGAGGAGAGGGCAGUGGUCACGGCCAGUAUGAAUGCUAUCGGACAGGCAAUUGUGGCCUGGAGCCAGCUUUUACAGUUUCCGGCCAUCGAGGCCCCCAGGUUUGAGACUGGGUUUCUCAGCGGCCUUAUUACUUCCGUGGUGCAACUUGGGAUAAUCGGGCUGUUGAUAUGGUUUGCAAACAGAAGCAACAAGUCCCAGGCUAAAACCGAGGCUGAGAGCGAGCAGACUUGA